AUGAUCAGUCCCGACGAUCGACUCUGGGCUGGAAGCGGCAGCUUGCUUCGUGGAGGGCCUUACACAUGGUACAUUACCGAUUUCGAUCAGCGAAGGCAUUUCUCAGUUACAUAUUGCAAUCCGGCUCCGGUACCAGACGAAGACCUUGAGGGAACAGAAGAUAUGUGCCUGGCACAGCUGCGACAGCACAUCGACGACCUUGGUACGGAUGUCUUAGGGAUUCGCUUCUCAGACCCCAAGGGGCCGAUCUCGAUAUCUACUAGCCAAGAUGACGAUGUUACUAUGUAUACAAACUGCUAUCUACCAUCUGAACUACGGCUUCCAUUUCCCGUCAAGACGGUCGGAUUCGACAGCUUGACAGAGCUUGACCGCUUAGGCCCACAGGUGGACUUGGUAACAUACCCUGGAACCCCUACGGUUGGCGGCGUGGCUGUAGGCACAAAGGCAGCUUUUAAAUACUGGUUUAUACAAAACGGAAUGCUUUGGAAAUGGCACGAGCUUCAACUUUGGGCUCGGUUGCCACGGAAUCACCCGCAUAUUGUCCCAUUCGACGCUAUUGUGUUGGAUAAUAUCAGGGGGGGGGUUAUUGGCUUCACAAGUGUGUAUAUUCCCGGCGGGACGCUUCAAGAUAACAACGCCACCGUCCGACCUUUUCGCUUGGCAUGGUUCCAGCAGCUUCUAUCUGUUAUUGACGAUCUGAAUUAUCGCUAUGGCAUUAUGCAUCAGGAUAUUGCGGCGCGCAAUCUUCUCGUCGACGUUGAGAACAAUCUCCGCAUCUUUGAUUUCAACUUUUCUGGCAGAAUCAGCGAGCACUUGAACCCUGACCGUGAUGAUAUAAAAGGCGUCAUCUUCACCUUAUACGAAAUCAUGACGUUAGAUGAGCAUUACCGAGACGUACCUCAUGCCGAGCAAGACGCCGAGGCUUUGCUGCGACAGGAGUGGACAAAGCACCCGGAUGUGAAGUUAGAUAGUGAGGUGUGCGAGUUUCGGAAAGUGCUGGAUGUGUGGGUUGAGAAGAGAAGGACGAGGGAAGUCAAGGUGAUCGAAACGUGGCUCCAGUGGCCGUUGAUGCCAAACCCGCCAACCGCACCGUCACUGACGUACGGGCCUGAUGGAGCGGUCACGGGCAGAGAAAUGAAGUCACAUGUGAUCUUGAUGCGGCGGGAUUUGAUUAGGCUGGAGGAGCCAUACCUGAAAUGGGAGCGGCCGGCAAGUUAUCGACUCAAAGACCUGCUCGAAAAGCGGAGGCAUCAGAAGAAGAUGGAUGUGCCAAGAACGACCACGAUACAAGACGCCGGCAAGUCCGUAGACGAGGAUCUGCUUAAGUUGAAUCUCAUUUUAAACGCUGGAUAUGAUGAGGGUAAUCGCAUUUACAGGGGCUGUCGAAACCCAACGGCCUUGAAGGAACCGAUGUUGCAGGAACUAUGUCGAUUGGAUCAUGACUUGCGAUUGAUAUGCGAAACCAGCAAAGUCAUUUUCGACUCAGCCAGUUGCCUGACCUCGGCCCAGCUCGGGCUGUCGUCGGUCUUGGCGUUGUUGAGAGAAACUCGACUCGCAGUGCUGCAAAAGGGUGCCGAAGAUGCCAUGUCUCGCCUAUCUACGCUGCAAAAAGAUUUCAUUAGAGAGUUCUAUCUCAAAGGGCUGCACAUGAGUAUCAUAACCGCCCGUUUUCUCCUAUCUAGGAUGCAAAAACACUUUAAAACGGCCACUCUCGAAUCGCUGCAAAUAGAUGUCAAAGACGUCAAAGACGUCAUGUCUCUCCUAUCUACGCUGCCCGAUAACUUGACAAAGGGCCGCCUCAUAACUAGCACUGAAAGACCUAAUCUUGACAAAUUACCCCUCAACGGUCAAAAACUAUCGAAGGAUGAGGUCUUCAAAUCGAUGCCCGGCGCGAUCAAGCCAAUGAAAGACCGCUUGUUCAAAGCAUUCCAGGAUCGCGAAAUCCAGCUAGCAUUUUUCCACCGCCAGGCACGGGGUCAGCAGGAGGCAGUCAUGGGUUAUACACUCGGACAACCUGUCCCCUCAAGCCCAUCGCUUUCUUCGAAGAAAGACACUCGGCCAGGAGCAGGGAAAACACGGGCUCAAUCCUUCGAUGAGAGCCUGCAAAACAUCCCGCAACCGCCUCGGCCCAGAAAACCAAGCGAAGACAAGGUUGCAUGCCCUUAUUGCACGACUCUCCUAGAUCAAGACAGCCGUCAAGGUCAAAACUGGGUACGCCAUGUCCUGCAAGACAUCAGACCCUAUGUCUGCGUGAUCCCUGGGUGCACUGCUUCUCUUGCGAGAUUUUCAAGCGCGAACUCAUGGAUGCUGCACAUGACGAACAAUCACCAGACUUAUCAGUGGGCAUGCGAAGCAGAAGGCCAUAGCGAACCCCUUCAAUUCUCAUCAUGCGAAGACUUUCUAGCACACAUGACUGCUCAUGACGAUUCCAUUCUUGAUGAUCAAAUGGCCAUCGCAGAGUCCGGCAGCAGAAUAGUAACGACGAAGCUCGAUGCCGCAGCUCUGCCGUCCUGUCCUCUGUGUGGGAUAUCCAUUAAGCACUUUCGAGGGGACGUGGACCUUUUAUGUCGUCACAUGGCACAAGAGCUGUUCGACUUUGCUCUUUGGUCUGUAAGCGUGUAUCAGAAAAUCGCUGGCUUGGGGGAAAAGGUGGAAAAGACUUGA